AUGGAUGUCGUCGCGGCCGCCUCGGGGUACAUCUCCAAGAUGGUCACUGUGGGCGAGUCGGCAGGAGCUUCGUCAUCGAAGAUGAAGAUCCUGCUUCUUGAUAGCGACACAGUUUCGAUCGUUUCAACCGCCAUUACCCAAUCUGCCCUCCUCAACCACGAGGUCUAUCUCAUCGAUCGCUUGGACAAUGCCGCGCGCGAGAAGAUGCGACAUCUGCGAUGCCUGUGCUUCGUGCGCCCGUCACCCACCUCUAUUCAGUUCCUGAUCGAUGAGCUUCGAGACCCUAAAUAUGGCGAAUACUACAUCUACCUAAGCAACAUCAUCCGCAAAUCCUCCCUCGAGAGGCUCGCCGAAGCGGAUAGUCACGAGGUCGUCCAAUCGGUGCAGGAACAAUUCGCCGAUUUUCUCGUCAUCAACCCGGACCUUUGUUCUUUAGGUCUUGGCUUCCCCUUGCAAAAACUAUGGAGCCAUUCGCCAGAUCUAUGGAACCCGGAUUCACUACAACGAGCCACGGAGGGGGCAUUGGCCUUGUUGCUCGCGUUGAAGAAGAACCCGCUCAUCCGCUAUGAGAAAAACAGUCUCCUGGCCCGCAAACUAGCGACGGAGAUCCGUUAUCAUAUCACACAAGAAGAGCAGCUGUUUAAUUUCCGCCGGACGGAUACACCGCCUAUCCUGCUUGUUUUGGACCGCCGCGAUGACCCGAUCACCCCAUUGCUGACCCAAUGGACGUAUCAGGCAAUGGUGCAUGACAUGCUUGGCAUCAACAAUGGCCGUGUGGAUCUACAGGACGUACCAGAGAUCCGACCGGAACUAAAGGAGAUUAUCUUGGCUCAGGACCAGGACCCGUUCUUCAAGAAGAACAUGUACCAGAACUUCGGUGACCUGGGACAAAACAUUAAAGAAUAUGUGGAGCAGUAUCAAACCAAAACCCAGAGUACUGCGAAUAUUGAGUCUAUUGCGGACAUGAAGCGUUUUGUGGAGGAUUAUCCUGAGUUCCGCAAGCUUGCGGGUAAUGUGAGCAAACAUGUUACUCUGGUGGGUGAACUCAGCCGGCGCGUCGGCGAGGAUAACCUCCUUGAUGUGAGCGAGUUGGAGCAGAGCUUGGCUUGCAAUGAUAACCACUCCAAUGAUCUUAGGUCACUACAACGGAUCAUCUCACUGCCGAAUGUACCAUCAGACAACAAGCUGCGCCUCGUAGCUCUUUAUGCCCUUCGCUAUGAGAAACAGCCCAACAAUGCGCUGCCCAUCCUGCUCGACCUUCUCGUCACAGCGGGUGAAGUCCCAUCGAACCGAGUAAACAUCAUCCCCAAGCUUCUCGUCUACCACCAUUCCCUUCAGGCACCUCCGGUGGCAGGCGGGUUCUCCGAUCUUUUCGAAUCAACAUCCUUCUUCUCUGGCGCACGAGACCGCUUCAAGGGCCUCAAAGGCGUUGAGAACGUGUACACACAACAUUCCCCACGGUUGGAAGUAACUCUACAAAAUCUCAUUAAAGGCCGCUUGAAGGAAUUGCAGUACCCCUUCCUCGAGGGCAGUGGACAUACGCGAGACAAGCCGCAAGACAUCAUCAUCUUCAUGGUCGGUGGCACCACAUAUGAGGAGGCCAAGAUGGUCGCACAGGUCAAUGCUAGCUCCCCAGGGGUGCGAGUUGUUCUAGGCGGCACAUCCAUCCAUAACAGUACAACCUUCCUAGAAGAGGUCGACGAUGCAGUGGGCAGUUGGCCUGAACCAGGACCCUCGACGGCUGCGGGACGGCUGCGACGGGAGGUGGGACGAUAA